GCUGGUCGUGUGUUUGUCCGCCUCGGCCUCUCGUGUUGAGCCCCAGCAGGGAGACGAGAGGCGGGGAGGAGAUGGAGUAACAGGCACGGAGCAGUGAAUUCAUCCAAAAAGGAAUGUAAAACUUUAUACACACGUAUCACCCGCAAGACGCCGUGCCUGUGCGCUUUGAGACUUAACAUAUAACCGUAUUUCUCAUGGAAGCAGAUGGAUUUGUGAGGAAGCGUCGGAUGACAGCGGAGACUACAGGCAAUGAUCCGGGGGUUGCUGGUGCCUCUGCUGGGGCAGAAGUUCGUUGGCUCGGGGGGAGAUUCUGGGGAGUUUCGGAAAGUAUUGUGGGGAGUCUGACACCCAGGAUCGGAGGCGAGAGUGAAAUCCAGACUGUUGAGUUUACACGUUGUGCACAAGAUCAGACUGAGGACUCUGAACCAGACUAUGAGGGUUUGCCACAAGGAGCUUCCACUAGCACUCACAUGUUGGCUGGAGCCGUGGCCGGGAUUAUGGAGCACUGCCUUAUGUUUCCCAUCGACUGUGUCAAGACACGCAUGCAGAGCCUCCAGCCUGACCCCGCCGCUCGCUACAGAAACGUAAUGGAUGCUCUUCGGCGAAUUGUAGCCACAGAGGGAGUCUGGCGACCGAUGAGAGGGCUGAAUGCGACCGCUGUUGGGGCGGGACCUGCUCACGCGCUCUAUUUUGCCAGCUAUGAGAAACUCAAAAAGACUCUUAGUGAUGUCAUUCACCCAGGGGCUAACAGUCAUUUGGCUAAUGGAGCGGCUGGAUGCGUGGCCACUCUGCUUCAUGAUGCAAUCAUGAACCCAGCUGAAGUUGUGAAGCAACGCAUGCAGAUGUAUAAUUCGCCCUACCGUGGCGUGUUGGACUGUGUACGCGCAGUAUGGCAGAAAGAGGGCCCUGCGGCAUUCUACCGCAGCUACACCACCCAGCUCACCAUGAACGUGCCCUUCCAGGCGCUCCACUUCAUGACAUACGAGUACCUUCAGGAGCUGCUCAACCCCCACAGACAGUACAAUCCCUCCUCCCACAUGUUUUCUGGAGCUAUGGCCGGGGCCAUCGCAGCUGCAGCCACCACACCUCUGGAUGUGUGCAAGACCCUACUCAACACCCAGGAGUCUAUGGCCCUCAGCUCCCUGUCCUCUGGCCAAGGGCCCGGUCAAGGCCAAGGAGCUCACAGACACAUCUCAGGCUUGGCCCACGCCUUCCGGACAGUUUACAGGCUGGGCGGCCUGCAGGGCUUCUUCAAGGGCGUACAGGCGCGAGUCAUCUACCAGAUGCCCUCGACAGCCAUCAGCUGGUCAGUCUACGAGUUCUUCAAGUACGGACUCACCAAGCACCAGCACAACAAGAGGCGAACACAGCAUCUGGAGGCAGAGACAUAGAUGUCUCUGUGGUCUUAUCUCCCCUCCCUGUGAGGAAAAGUCAACACGCACAUAGAAUCUUCUAAUAUAUCCACCUCAGCUGCCCCAUCGCUGUCAGACAUAGCAGAUAAGAAAGACAUCUUCAUAAGCUGCUUGAGUGUAUUCCUGCUCCACUAUUUCAAGGCUAGUCAUGGUUUGAGUUACGUUGUUUCUCUCAUGUAGGAGAAAACAUCGUCACAGUAAUUUUAGAAGUAGGUUUUCUGGUGUUUUUCUUUUUAAGGCAUUCUAGUGACCAUUACAUUUAUCCCAAAUGGGAAUAAAUGUGAAGAACGCACAAGUUUGAAGUUGUAAAUUUAAUCAGCAGAGGGCAGUGGUGUUCGUUAACUCUGUCCUUGUAGUAAUGUCUGCUGUCCUGGAAUAACAUUUUUUUUGUUUUGCUUUUUUUUUUAUAGUUUGCAACAACAUUGAGUUUGCAUUCAGAAUAAAAAUAACUCAUCCAGAUUCCUCUCCAUGUUAAGAAAUUAGCAAGGUUUUUGAUGUGUUCCAGCAGCAUUAUCUAUAACUGACCAUGGCUAUAAGACUCAUAUUUGUAACUGUAGACUGGUAGCCAGAUUCCUACUCAAAUAGCUGUGAAUGUUUAACAAUACAGUUUGCAGAUUAACACAUUAGAUCAAACAUCGGUAUUUCUUUUUUUUGGCUGCUGACGUUGAAGAAAUACAAUUAAGCAUUUUCUCCUGUUUUUUAGUUCCGGUAUUGACAAGCUAUUAUCAUGAUGUGAAUCUCAAAAGGCCAGUUUGUUGUUGACCUAAUAUACCUAAAAUUUGUGUUUCUAAAAUAUUGAGAGUUACUGGAUUUAUGACCUUCAAACAUAUCUGUUUAUUUAAACCCUUGGUUAUUUCACUAUUCACCAUUAAUGCCUGUGAUUUAAAGAAGCAGUCCAGGGCAGCAUUCAGCCUUCCUGUUCUUUAACUGCAGUUUUCAGCUCGACACUUUCUUGUGAACUACUGAGUUUCCAAAGAUGUGCUUAAUAGCAACUAUUGUGUUCCAUCCAUGCCUGUAAGACUUAUAAAUUGAGCAAGAAUUGAUCUGUACCCUUGUUAAAGUACCAAACACAGAAAAUGGAAGCUGUCGUUCUUAUUGAUUGAUGUCUGAUUGUUUCUGACACUGAAUUGCACUCGCUGAAUAAAUUCUGGGCAGUUGAUCUUUACACACUGCUCAUAAAGAGUU